AAAAUGUUUGCAGAACAUGAUAAACUAAUCUCUGCCAGUUCCUUAGGGGUGGAGCAUUUCAUGCGUGAGUUGGGGCAGUUCUAUGAGGCUGAACACACAAUGGUGAAGGAAGGUAAAAUAGCAGAAAGCCAAAGACAAUUCACCCACCUCCCAGGCAUAGCAGCUGACCUGAUGCUGGAAGGGUUUCCCAUGGAGCUGAUUGAUGGAGAUGCCUCCAACAUCCUACUGCAGUGGGUGACAGAUGUUUUGACAGAGCUCCAUGCCAAGCUGGGGGGAAGGUCCAGAAUGUUGGUUCUAACGGUGCUGGGAGUGCAGAGCACUGGGAAAUCCACCCUCCUCAACACCAUGUUCGGCCUGCAGUUUGCAGUGAGCAGUGGCCGAUGUACGCGAGGAGCCUUCAUGACACUCAUUAAAGUGGCAGAGAACUUUCAGCAGGAGCUGGGCUGUGAUGUCAUCCUGGUGAUAGACACAGAAGGCUUUAAAGCCCCUGAACUGGCCAAGUUGGAGGACAGUUAUCAACAUGACAAUGAGCUGGCCACACUGGUGAUUGGACUGAGUGACAUAACGAUCGUUAACAUGGCCAUGGAGAACGCCACCGAAAUUAAGGAUGUUCUGCAAACUGUGGUCCAUGCCUUCCUCAGAAUGGAAGAAAUAGGGCAAAAAGCCAACUGCCAGUUUGUGCAUCAGAACGUCAGUGAUGUGUCUGCGCAUGAACAAAACAUGAGGGACAGGAAACACCUCCUGGAGCAGAUGGAUGAAAUGACCAAAGCUGCAGCAAACAUGGAAAAGAAAGGCAGGGAGAUGACAUUUUCUGAUAUUAUGGAUUAUGAUCUGGAAAAACAUAAUUGGUACAUUCCUGGUCUGUGGCAUGGAGUCCCUCCCAUGGCUCCCGUGAAUAUGGGAUACAGUGAAAAGGUUUAUGAAUUAAAGAAAUAUUUGUUUGAAUUUCUGAAAGGCUGUUCACAAAACAGAUCUCCCAAGGACAUCCCCCAAUUUCUUGAAUGGGUGAGGAGCCUGUGGAAUGCUGUAAAACAUGAGAACUUCAUCAGCUUUAGAAACAGUCUCAUUGCUGAAGCCUAUAACCAGCUGUCUGUGAAGUAUGCAGAGUGGGAAUGGGGUUUCCGCAAGAUGAUGCACCUCUGGGUAUCUGAAAAGGAAACUUUCAUCCAAAAUCAGCCACCAGAUAAACUAGACACCAAUGUUUUAACUGAACUAAAGACUGAGGCACAGGAAAAACUGAGGCAAGAAGCAGAGAAGAUUUUGGAUAAUUUAAAACAAUAUUUUGAAAGUGGAGCAGAAAAUCUGCACCUGAUAGAAAACUACAAAGAAGACUUUAGGAGAAGUGCAAAUGGUCUGAGGAAUGAACUGGAGAGUUAUUCAUUCAGCAAGUUGAAAGAAGCGAUUGAAAUUAGAAAAGGCCGACGUAAAACAGAUGCUGUCCUGUCACAGUACAAGAGAAAAAUUGAAGAGAAAGUUGACAGGCUUCUGAACCAUUGCAGGAAAAGCAAAUGCAAGCUAAAUAAUGAUGAACAGGAG